UUCUUAUACUUCAAGUGUAUUGCAAUUAUGUGGUAGGUUUAUUUUGCUUGAAUUCUUACAUACACUGAAUUCAUUCAAUAAAUCCUCCAGUUCAAUACAUUCGUUUACACCGAGUCAAAUUGAGAAAUUACGUGAAACCUUACUCAUUUGGUAUGAUAAGUGGAAACGUGACCUACCCUGGCGUCAAAUGGUAAAAUAUUUAUAAAUUUUUUUUGGUAUGUCUAUUCAAGUUGUAUUCAAUAGGUCUCAAAUCCAGAUCCAAAUAUUCGUGGUUACGCUGUUUGGGUAUCGGAAGUAAUGCUUCAACAGACUCAAGUAAAAACUGUUAUCGAUUAUUAUCACCGAUGGAUGAAGAAAUGGCCAAAUGUUGGUGAAUUGGCACUCGCCUCUUUAGAUGAUAUUAAUUCUGUUUGGUCUGGACUGGGUUACUAUUCUAGGGCUCGUCUUUUACAUGAAGGAGCAAAGAAGAUUGUUAAUGAGUAUGCUGGUAACUUGCCUCAAUCAGCUGAGUCAUUGAAGUCUACACUACCUGGUGUUGGACGAUACACAGCUGGAGCUAUUUCAAGCAUUGCGUUUAAUCAAUGUACUCCUGCUUUAGACGGCAAUGUGAUUCGUGUUCUAACUCGUCUACGUGAGAUUGGUUCACCUAUACAAUUACCUGUAACAAUGGAAUCUUUAUGGAAUUUAGCCACUGAAUUAGUUGAUCCUGAUCAGCCAGGUGAUUUUAAUCAAGCUCUUAUGGAAUUAGGAGCUGUGUGUUGUACACCUAAACAGCCUAGCUGUUCUAAAUGUCCACUAAAUGAAGUUGGUUUGUGUGGAUCCUAUCAACGAUUGACUGCUGAAAACAAAAGACUGUCAAAGAAAGUCGAACACCUUCCAACUGAGAUUGAAGACUGUCAUUUAUGUAUUGAUCACAGUGUUUAUCUGGAAAGUCUUGGAGUGAUGAAUUAUCCAGUGAAACUUAGUAAACGGGAACCACGCAAGCAGAAUACAAUAGUUAUCGUUACACAUACAUCAAGGUUAAAGAAUGGCGUACUGGAAGAUGUCUACUUACUUCUUCAACGACCUAAAACAGGUCUUUUAGCUGGCUUAUGGGAAUUUCCUAGUUACACUGUUGAAACAUUCGACAAUAAGAAUGUGAAACCCGUAAAGGAACAACGCCAAAUUGAUGACGUUGAAUCAUUUUUACCUUUGGCGCUUAAUCGAAUUACAAGUGCAUUGAAGAAUUCUUCAUCCAGUAUAGUAUCAUGUGAUGAUUUCAGGGUUCAGUCAGUUGGAGAGGUUGCACAUAUUUUCUCUCAUAUCCAUAUGACAUAUGUUGUGUUCACAUUGAAACUUGAAGAGAAACAUCUAUCCAAGUGUUUAGAUGAGAAUAUUAGUGAUAUUUGGCCACCUGAUUUAAAUUUUGGACGAUGGGUUAACCAAACUGACUUACAUUCUUCAGCUAUUUCUACUGCAACUAAAAAAAUAUUUGCUCACUUUGAAAAUUAUUCCAAGUUAUCCAACAAGAAGGCAGUUGCAAAUCCACAUAAAGGAAAGAGGAAUACUACGAAAACCCCGUUACUAGUAGACUCGAAACAAGCCAAGUUGGACAGUUUCUUUCGAUGAUACGAUGAUUUCCGAAGAUACGACGGCUUACAUCACCUUUUGUUCUGUAAUAAACAUGAUCAUACUAUGCAAUUAUCAGAUUUUAUAUACCUUUUCUAAACAACUGUACGCGGUAACUCCGUUUACUUACCAGAGAUUAUUUUUUGUAAACAUUUAUUCCUUAGUUUGCUUUUAUAUUACCUGAUAAAUAUUGUAAUCGCUUUUAUAAACUCUGAAGACGAGUAAUUUUUCAGUUCAUUGCAUACUAUUGUCUUCGCUUCCUUGGAUAGCAACUGUAGAGUGAUAUCGAAUAGUCGGCUGCCAACUGUACGAUCAACGAUCUAAACGGUCAAUUCGUUUUUCCCAUUCAAUUUAAUCUUCGUACUUGCAUUUUCAUCUAUUAUGCGCAGUCGCCGAAUUGUAGCGGUGUUUCCAUUCCUUAGUGAUAGGACGUGGCCUAAAUAGAAAACAAUAUCUCCAGUUGUCUGCCACUAUGAUAGGAGUUUCAGUAUUUCAAUUUUCGUUCCAUGUCACUACAUGGUCAGGAAAAACUUUAUUGGAUGAUUUUAUCCUGCAGCUGACCAAUCAGAAUUAGCUAUUUAACUUUUGAC